AUGGCCGGCCAAGUACGAGUUCCAUAUGCCGAUGGCAUGACUGAGGGCCAAGGUUACAACUCCUACCUACAGCAGACUUGCGUGCAUGAUGCCGUGACCGUCAAUGCGACACAGGCGCCAGACACCCCCAUGAAUCUCGUAUAUGAAUCGAGUGAGGUCAAAGACUACAACGAACUUUUGCAGACACUCGACAUCAGUGCUGGUGCGGGUCUUUCUGGAUGGGGCUCAGAAUCUAAAAUUGACUCGAAGUUCCUCGACAAAACAGAGAUCAAGCAAAGUCUGCUCACCUAUGUAGUCAAAGUCGAUGCUCAGUGUCAGCCGAGCGGGACAUCCAAGUAUGAGUUCAACUGGGAAGAAACCUCCGAUCCUCAGGGCAGAUACGGCGACCGAUUCAUCUCCGGGUUUGUCAAGGGUGGGGCUCUCUUUGCUCGCGUUUCCAUAAUCACCAACGAGAAGUCAACUUCUCAUGAGCUCCAGGUCGCGGCCAAGACUGUCUUCCCGGUAUACAGUGCCAAUGCGGAAAUUACUUCGGAAGUGAAGGAAAGCAUAGAGAAGAUUCACAAAAGCUCCGAGGUCAAGAUCUACCUUCACUACGUUGGAACUCCUACCGAGAUAAAGGCGACCGAUGGGGCGGACAAUGACAUGCAACGCCUCAAGGAAGUUGCCGACGCUUUUUACAACAAUGCCCCAAAGCACACCUACAAGCGAUUUGCGCUGUUGGAAAGAUAUACCAACAUUUCCAAUUUCAACAACGCAUUUCAGCCCCUUGACUAUAGCGAAGCCAAAGAUCGAAGUUGGCCCGUCUUCGGCGACUUUACCGAGUGCUUGGUCAUUCAGACAAUGCUGCGGGCGAUUGAUUCGAGUCAUUAUACUAAUGGCAGAACGGGUCGUGAUCAACUUGACACCAAGCUUAGUACGCAGCUACAGCUCUAUCGAAGCUGGGUAGAGAAGGUCAGCAAAACGCCCGCGGAGGCUAGAUCGCCGCCUGGCAACGAUCCGCAAGCUCUUCAGAACGAAAUCUUGCGUGCUGUCAAGAAAACUAAAUUCAUCGCUCAGUCCAUGCCCAUUAACGCCGGGAGAACCCACUUCAUCGAUGACCAUCGACACUCUAAGGCCACCGAACUGUUCAGUUUCGAGGCUUAUGACUUUGAUCAGGUCAUGUUCACCACAAAGAUCAUCUUUGGUCGAGCCUUGAACGAUGAAAGGUACAUCGCUCUCAUAGGAAGAAAGACUGUUACUCCGGGAUACGAGCAAACAAGCCAGCUAUGGGGUUUCGACAAGAAGAUGAACGACAUGGUUAACGGAAAAGUGGUCAUUGAACCUAUUUCGGAGAUGGGGAUCGUGAGGCUGGAGCUCAAGGAUGCAACGCCGUGUCGGGAGGACGAGUUCAGCUUUUAUAUUGAGUCUUAG